AUGCUCGCCCUGCUGCCUCCCCAAAGGCCUUUCCAGCCGUCGGGUGUUUGGCGGGCACUGGCGGCCGUGGGAAGGGGGGUACAUCCCCUAUCCCGGCCGCGUCCCGGUACCGGCUCUUGCCGGAGGUGGGUGGCUCGGAAGGGGCAGCGCUGGCACAGCUCCCCCGGCCUGGACAGCCCCUUCCCGGCCCCAGAGCUGCAGGUCCGACCCCCAUCUGCCCAGCUUCUGCCCAGCUCCUCGCCCAGCUCCUCGUCCCCCGCGCACCCCUGGCUCAGGGCGGCCGGAGCAUCCCCGCACCCGAGGGGCCCGGACCGGCCGCAUCCCCACGGCGGGCGGAGGGGCCGAGGGGGCCGGGAGGGGCAGUCCUGUCCCAAGAGCAGCGGGGACACCGGGUGGGCGAACCCCCAGGGCGGACGGGUUCUCCCGGGUUCUCCCGGGCUCUCCCGGGUUCUCCCGGGUUCUCCCGGCCGCCUUCGCCUCGGGGGCCGCACCGGCGGGGCUGAGGAGGACGGGGAGCUCUACAAGAGCGAGGAGUGCGACCUGGACUACAGCAGCCGGCCGAGCCGCAGCCCCGACAGCGAGCUGCCGGACGACGAGGAGCUGUGCAGCGAGGAGAGCGGCAGCACCAGCGGCAGCAGCGGCAGCUCCGGCCCCGCGGCGCCCGGAGAGCCCGAGCCGGGCCCGCUUCGAGCCGAGGCGGCCGAGGCGGGGGUGGUCCCGGCCCCGGCGCCCCCUCCGCCGCCCCCGCCGGCGCCUCCCGUCGGGGCGCAGCCCGGCCCGCAGGCCAAGCCCAAGAGGAAGCGGACGGGCUCGGACUCCAAGUCGGGCAAGCCCCGGCGGGCGCGGACAGCCUUCACCUACGAGCAGCUGGUGGCGCUGGAAAACAAGUUCAAAUCCACGCGGUACCUGUCGGUGUGCGAGCGCCUCAACCUGGCGCUGUCCCUCAGCCUGACCGAGACGCAGGUGAAGAUCUGGUUCCAGAACCGGCGCACCAAGUGGAAGAAGCAGAACCCGGGCGCCGACACCAGCGCGCCCACGGGCGGCGGCGGCGGCGGCGGGGCGGGGAACGGGCUGGGGGGCGCGGCGCUGCCGGGGGGGCUCAGCCCCCUCAGCCACUCGCCGCCCAUGGGCACCCCGCUCUCCAUGCACGGCCCCGGCAGCUACGCCGGGCACCCGGCUGGAGGGCUGGUCUGCGCUGCCCAGCUGCCCUUCCUGCCCAGCCCCGCCGUCCUCUCGCCCUUCGUCCUGGGCUCCCAGACUUACGGCGCUCCGGCUUUCUACACCCCGCACCUAUAAGCCC